AUGCGUUCCUCUCUGCUCGCGUUCUCCCUUGGGCUGGUCGCCCUGGUCGGAGCGGAUAGUAUUGACCAUGACAAAGUCGUCGGGUUCGAAGAGACCGUGCCCACCGGUACCACAGGCGAGGUUUACAAGGCUUAUCAGCCCUAUCUCAAGGUGGUGAACGGGUGUGUGCCAUUUCCGGCUGUCGAUGCGGACGGAAACACCAAUGCCGGUCUGAACCCCUCCGGCGCUCCCUCCGCCGACUGCGCCUCCAGCACGGGACAGGUCUACGUGCGCUCCGGCGACUCCUCGUCCGGCGACGCCCAUGCAUUGCUCUACUCAUGGUACUUCCCCAAGGACUCGCCCAGCACGGGACUCGGCCACCGUCACGACUGGGAAGGCGUGAUCGUCUGGCUGUCUGACGCGUCGUCUACCUCCGCUGACAACGUCCUCGCCGUGUGUCCUUCCGCGCACGGCGGCUGGGACUGUUCCACGGAUGGAUACACCUUGCAGGGAACGCGGCCGUUGAUCAAGUACGAGAGUGUCUGGCCGGUUAAUCACCAGUGUGGAUUGACGAGCACGGUUGGGGGUGAACAGCCGUUGGUGGCGUGGGAGAGUUUGCCCGCGGUUGCGCAGAAGGCGUUGGAGGAUACGGACUUUGGGGAUGGGAAUGUGCCGUUUAAGGAUGCUAACUUUGAGAAUAAUCUGGCAAAGGCGACAUACUAA